UGUAUAAAUAGUGUUUGAUCACGUGGUGAAGCCUCAUCUGCUCAUCUCUAGGACGUUUGGACGUUGUGCAGAAGUUGGACAUGCAGCCUGUACUCUGGGUGUUGUGCCUGGCCUUUGUGCUGCUGGGUACUGAAGCUUUGAAAAUAAGGAAGCGACAGAUUGCUACACCAUCUGUACAACUUUGCAGUGGUUCACAGACAUAUGUAGUGGACAUCGGUGACAAAUCUGUGGGCUUCGUCAAAAGCCCAAACUAUCCAGGCUACUACCAAGAUAACACACAAUGUUCUGUAAAGUUCCGAACCCAGGAUCAACCCCUGGUCAUCAAUCUUUUGUACAGGGCCUUUUCACUUGAGAUGGAAAGCAGUCAAUGUUCUUAUGACAGCCUAUGUGCGAAUGGAGUCAAAUUCUGUGGAUCGUGGGCUAGCAAUUCUUCGUUUGAGUAUGUCGUUCCCAAGAAUUCAAUUUUUACUUUGAGCUUUGUAACCGAUUUUUCAGUAACGGGCAGUGGAUUUGAGAUUUUGGUGAGCUCUCGUGCUUAUAGCGGAACAUCGGUGAGUUCUCCAACAGGGGGCGUGGGUACUGGAAAAGGUCAGCUGGUGUACUCUCCUGUCAAUAAUGCUUCCCUGACAAGUUACAGUGACAAAUGUAAAGCCGACUUUCAGAUUAAUUACAUCUCAAGGAGCUGGUUGACACAGAAAAACAACUCAAGCACAACUUUGUAUAACACUACCUAUUAUAAUACAACCUCAUAUCCAUAUUACAAUACAACAUAUUAUCCUUACUACAACACCACGUCAUAUCCCUACUAUAAUACAACAUAUUAUCCUUAUUACAACACCACAUAUUAUCCCUACUACAACACUACUUAUUACCCCUACUACAACACAACCUAUUAUCCCUACUACAACACUACUUAUUACCCCUACUACAACACAACCUAUUAUCCCUACUACAACACAACCUCAUAUCCUUACUACAACACGACCUAUUAUCCCUACUACAACACGACAUAUUAUCCCUACUACAACACAACCUCAUAUCCCUACUACAACACAACAUAUUAUCCCUACUACAACACAACUUCAUAUCCCAACUACAAUACAACUCGCUACUACAACACAACCUCAUAUCCCUACUACAACACGACCUAUUAUCCCUACUACAACACAACUUCAUAUCCCUUCUACAACACCACCUAUUAUCCCAACUACAACACAACAUAUUAUCCCAACUUCAACACAACCUAUUAUCCCAACUACAAUACAACUCGCUACUACAACACAACCUCAUAUCCCUACUACAACACGACCUAUUAUCCCUACUACAACACAACUUCAUAUCCCUUCUACAACACCACCUAUUAUCCCUACUACAACACAACAUAUUAUCCCAACUACAACACAACAUAUUAUCCCAACUACAACACGACAUAUUAUCCCAACUACAACACUACAUAUUAUCCCAACUACAACACGACAUAUUAUCCCAACUACAACACGACAUAUUAUCCCUACUACAACACAACAUAUUAUCCCAACUACAACACAACAUAUUAUCCCAACUACAACACAACAUAUUAUCCCUACUACAACACGACAUAUUAUCCCUACUACAACACAACAUAUUAUCCCUACUACAACACAACAUAUUAUCCCAACUACAACACAACAUAUUAUCCCUACUACAACACAACAUAUUAUCCCAACUAUAGCACAACAUAUUAUCCCAACUACAACACAACAUAUUAUCCCUACUACAACACAACAUAUUAUCCCUACUACAACACAACAUAUUAUCCCAACUACAACACGACAUAUUAUCCCAACUACAACACGACAUAUUAUCCCAACUACAACACGACAUAUUAUCCCUACUACAACACAACAUAUUAUCCCAACUUCAACACAACAUAUUAUCCCAACUACAACACAACAUAUUAUCCCUACUACAACACGACAUAUUAUCCCUACUACAACACAACAUAUUAUCCCUACUACAACACAACAUAUUAUCCCAACUACAACACAACAUAUUAUCCCUACUACAACACAACAUAUUAUCCCAACUAUAACACAACAUAUUAUCCCAACUACAACACAACAUAUUAUCCCUACUACAACACAACCUCGUAUCCUUACUACAACACAACCAACUCUUACAAUACAACACAAAGGAUAAUAGGAUAAAAAGAAACAAUCUUUACUUUGAAGUUGGAAAAUGAAUUGUUUAAGAUCACACGAUGUUAAUUGAAAAUAUCUCAUUAACAUAUAAAACAAUU